AUAUAGAGAGCCUGUGAUUUUGUUGGUUGCGUGGUUUGGAAGCAGCGAUAGCAGAAAGGACUGAUCGGGAGAGGGAAAGCGAAUCGAAUCAGUGAAAAUAUGUCGGGUGUUCCCAACCAAGAGGAAGACAAGAAGCCCGCCGAUCAGUCGGGCCAUAUCAAUCUCAAAGUCAAGGGCCAGGAUGGGAAUGAGGUAUUUUUCAGGAUUAAGAGAAGCACGCAACUGAAGAAGCUCAUGAAUGCUUACUGCGAUCGACAAUCGGUGGAUCUCAACUCUAUUGCAUUUUUGUUUGAUGGACGCCGUCUACGUGGGGAGCAGACUCCUGAUGAGCUGGAAAUGGAGGAUGGGGAUGAGAUUGAUGCCAUGCUGCACCAAACUGGAGGUGCUACUGUUUAGUUGUGGAUAUAAGGUUUCAGGAGACUAUACGUAACUGUACUAUAGGAUUUCAGGCGUCUUCUUUUGAAGUCUUUUUCUUCGAGUUGUUCACUUCAUAUAGGUACUGUUUUGUAUGGAUACUGUGCUUCUUCUGGUUCAGUACUUCAAUACGAGCAUAGUUUGUUCCUUCGUGGCUUGCUGUAUAAUUUCAAGGCAUCAACAUUUUUUAAAAUUGGCCGUCUUUACUUUGAAUUUGAUGGGAAGUUGGUUUUUCUAUCUUCUCGUUAUAUUAUGUGGGAUUAAGCAUUUUAACCCCCUCUCUGUUUGAUUACGGU